AUGCCUCUUAAGAAUUGUUUGAUAGAUUUUGCAGCCUAUUUAUUUUGUCCUAAUGGUUGGUCGUCAUCAGCCAAAUCGGAAUCAAAGAGAAGAGUUUCAAGAUGGAAGAACUUCUUCACCGAUAAGGAUUCUAGAAGAAAUCAUAUUGCAUCAGAAUGGAGAAAAUACCUGGUGGUUAUCCUGUAUGUGUUGAUCAAUAUAGGAUUAUUCAUUGAGGCUGCGUGGAGAUGGCACGACAUAAUCGAACCUGUUGCAAACAGUCUAACAGCCUUCCCAAAGGAAGAUCGACUUAGGAUUACUUGGUAUGUUACCUUUGCUAGAGGUUUUGGGCAAUUGCUGAAUUUCAACUCGGCUCUCUUGAUUGUUCCAACAAUGAGAACCCUCUCCAAUACAUUGAGAACAUUGAAAUUAGGAAACAUUAUUACACUCGAUAAGAAUACCGUCUUCCACAGGUAUAUUGCCUAUUGGAUUGUUGUUUGCACUGUUGGGCACGGAUUCUUCCACUAUUUGAAUUAUGCUAGCUAUUACUUUGCCUAUACUAAUACACAAACCAAGGUUGAAAAUUCCUUCAUGGCCUGUUGGAUUCAAAAGUAUGGUAUUACUGGUAACUUAUUGUGUUUGGUCAUGUACUUGAUGUAUGCCACAAGUCAUGCAAAUUAUAGAAGAACCAAGAAUUAUACUGUUUUUUGGUAUACUCACCACUUGUUUAUUGUGUUCUAUGUUCUUUUGCUUGUUCACGGAAAAGUGUUUUGGAUUUGGUUUUUGGGACCUUGUGUCUUGUACUUGUUUGAAAGAAUUUUGAGAAAUGUUAGAGGUUCUGAGGAAACCAUUGUAAAGAAAGUCAAUUGUUUACCGAGUAGAGUAUUGGAAUUAGUAUUGGAAAAACCAAGAUUUGAUUAUCGUGCUGGUCAAUAUUGUUUCAUUAAUUGUCCACUUAUCAGUAGAUUUGAGUGGCAUGCUAUGACUAUUUCUUCUGCUCCUGAAGAUGAAUAUUUACAUUUCCACAUCAAGUGUGCUGGAGAUUGGACUAAUGCUGUAAUGGACUUGUUCAAUCCUAAACAACAUCAAACCGUUGUAAUUGAUAAACCAAUGACACCUGACAAUAAGGAUUAUUUGAUAAAAAUUGAUGGUCCUUUCGGUACUGCAGCAGAUGAGGUAUUUGACUAUGAAACAGUUGUUUUAAUUGCAGCUGGUAUUGGUGCUACACCAUAUGCAUCUUUGUUGAAACAUUUUAAUUAUACGUUGGAUCUUGAAAAGAGAGGAGGAAAGCCAUUGAAGAUUAAGAAAUGUUUCUUCUACUUUAUUAAUAGAGAUCACGGAAGUUGGGAAUGGUUUUCUAACUUGUUGAAUGAAAUGGAAGACCAUCACCCUGAAUUUUUCGAGCUCAAUACAUACAUGACUGGUAAAUUGAAGGCAGAAGAAAUUAAAAAGCUCUAUUUCGGAAGUUCUGAAUAUCAACAAGCUACUGGUCACAAACAAACUGCUGAUGUUCUUUUGAGAGCCAUGUAUGACUAUACACCUGUUAGUUCUGAUGAGUUGGAACUCCAUGCCAAUGAUAUCAUUUCUUUGAAGGAACAAGACGAAUCUGGAUGGUGGGAAGGAACCAAUCUCACUACCAAUGAAUCUGGUUUAUUCCCAAGCAAUUACGUUAUUCACAUUGAUGCACUCACCAAGUUGAGAGAAAAUAAGAAUCGUCACUAUGGUAGACCAGAUUGGGAAAGAGAUUUGGCUUCUGUUAGAAAUUAUGCAGAAAAGGCUCAUACUCGUAAGGGAAGAGCUAAGGUUGGUGUCUUUGUUUGUGGUCCUCCAGCAUUGUCAAAGGAUGUCUAUUCGUACUCUUUAUCUAUGAGUAGUCCUACUGUUCAAUUCGUUUAUCACAAGGAAAACUUUUAA